CCCGCCUCCCCGGUGCGUGCUGAGGUCAGGCCCGGCCGGCUGCGAGCGAGUGCGGGUUGCAGCGGGCGGGAGGCGCGCUGGCCGCCCCCCUGGCGGGGCCAGGGCCGGGGCCGGGGCCGGGGCCGGGCCGGGGGCGGCGCCGCCGCUGAGCCCGCGCCCCGCGGUCCCGCACGCGCUGCCCGCCCCCCCCAUGGGCGCCGCGCGCUAGGGGCGCACCAUGGCCAAAUGGCUGAACAAGUACUUCAGCCUGGGAAACAGCAAGACCAAGAGCCCCCCGCAGCCGCCGCGGCCGGACUACCGCGACAAGCGCAACGGGGCCGGCGCGCCCUCCCCGCAGCCGCCGCCGCCGCCGCCGCCGCGGCCCCACACGUCGCCCCGCGCCCCGGGCCGGGGGCGGCCGCGCGACGACACGAGCGAGCUGCUCCGCGCCUACCGCGCGCAGAGGGACCGCGACUUCGAGGACCCGUACAGCGGGCCCGGCUCGUCCCUGCGCAAGCUGCGCGCCCUGUGCCGGCCCGACGAGCCACCCGGCGCCGCCCCCGCCCCGGCCCCCGCGCCCGACCCCGGCGCCCGCGCCUUCUCGUCCGCCUCGUGCCGCGCCGGCCCCGCGCCGCCCGCCGCGCCCUCGCCGCUGCUCUUCCGCAGCCACAGCGAGCGGCGCCCGGCCACGCCGCCCGACAUCAAGUACAUGUCGCCCAAGCACCGGCUCAUCAAGAUCGACAGCGCCGGCGACGCCGCGCCUGCCUGCAAGGGCGCCUGGAGCCCUCCUGCCGCCGCCGCCAAAAAGCUCAACAAGUGCCCGGAGCCGCCCGAGGGCGCCGUGCCCUGCGCCAAGAAGGAGAAGGUCCUGAUAGCGGAUGACUACUCUGAUCCUUUUGAUGCCAAGAGUGAACUGAACAAAGCAGGGAAAGGAGAGAACACAGGCUACAUGGAACCAUAUGAAGCUCAGAGAAUAAUGACUGAAUUUCAAAGGCAGGAAAGUGUGAAGUCCCAGCAGAAAGGCAUUCAGCUAUAUGACACACCCUAUGAACCAGAAGGCAAUGGUGUGGAAUCAGACUCUGAAAGUGUGGUGAGUCAGCGCUUACGAGAAAGCAAGUUGCCACAGGAUGACGACAGGCCUGCGGAUGAGUAUGAUCAGCCAUGGGAGUGGAACAAAGUCACCAUCCCAGCCUUGGCAGCCCAGUUUAAUGGAAAUGAGAAACGGCAAUCUUCACCUUCACCCUCCAGUGACAGGCGCCGACAGCUGCGAGCACCAGGAGGUGGCUUCAAGCCCAUCAAGCAUGGCAGCCCAGAAUUCUGUGGGAUCCUGGGGGAAAGAGUGGACCCAGCAAUCCCACUGGAAAAGCAAAUAUGGUAUCAUGGAGCAAUCAGUCGGACAGAUGCAGAAAACCUGUUACGGUUGUGUAAAGAAUGUAGCUACCUUGUAAGGAAUAGUCAAACAAGCAAGCAUGACUAUUCUCUUUCGUUAAAAUGAGCAGAAGCUGACAUUGCACCGGCUCCAGUAAUAGCAUCACAGUCGCUGGUACAUGGGGACAGCUUCUCCACCUGCAAUCACAUAAAUAUUAUAUGCAAGUGUUUUUAAGUCAAUUUAUCAUGAAAAGUGGUGAUUUAACAUAACUAUUACCCCGUAUUCUUCAUGAAAAAUGCAUUAAGCAAUUACAACUAAAAGUAAGAGGUAUAGGAAAUGCAUACUUGCUCCAGGCGAUGUGCCCCAGCAGCUGCAAAGAUGUGUCAUGUAUUAUUAAAUACCUUGAUUAUUAGGAGGGGACAGUUCCUAUUAUUAGGGUAUCUCUCACCAGUGCCAUUUGAUAAUCCUCUAGAUCAGAAAUUGCUUUUUGUUAUGAUAAUGAAGGAUUUUAGCUUAGGUAUGAAUUGCAUUAUGCAUUGUCAUAAAGCUCGGGUGCAUUAAUUAGGCAGGUCACCCACUGGGGAGGGCUGUGUAAUUAUGGCUUGCUCCUCCAGCAUGGUUUAUCAAAGCAGCAGAAAAUGACACGGGAUCUCUUUUCAGGUUGAGAAGUGGGGCUGUUGUGGCUGGCUUAUGGAGCCUUGCUGCAGACCAAAGUGUAGUGCUGAACGGUUGCAAUUACAAUGCUGUUAAAAGAAGCUGUAUUUCACUGGGUUUGUAAUCAAGAAAGAGGCAGCUGUAAGUCAUAUCCUGGCCUAAGCAAAGGGUCUCCUGUUUAUGAGGCUGUAUGAGAGCAUGCCAGCAUUACAUGGCUCUGUAAGGCAGGCAUUGUGUUGCAAUGAGAAGAAAAUGUCUUGCUAUGUUAUUCCUGGUGUUAUGUCUCGGCAGUCCCAAGUGAGGUUACCCAGGCUGUGAUCUGCAUGGCAGCCAGUUGCAAGGAAGUAUCUCCCUUCCUUCCCCUGUCCUUGUCCAUCCAGCCAGACCCUGCUUUCCCCAGCCUGAUCCAAUCAAUCAUUCUGCAGCUGGCAGGAAAUCUACCUUGCACAUGACUUGUGGGUAUCAGGGAAGGUGUGCCUGGCUGCUGCAGGAUUCUCCCAGCCUUACUUCAACUAUGCUUUUUGGAUGUUGGCCUGAAUAGUUUUCAUCCCUCCAGUGGGGUGGGUGGCACUGACAUUCUCAGUGACCAUAGUGACCUUGGGAAGAAGAUGGCAUGGGUAUUUCUGUUCCAGAAAUAUCUGUACGUCUGUUCAGGAUUCACCUUGGCAGGGCCCCUACGAGGCAGACAUGAGGCAUCUGUUUCAGCUGAGUUUAUGCUGCUGGUCUGCUUUUGAUGAAGUCCGUUGCUACUGAUUAUCUGUCUAACAUCAAACUUUGGCUGUCUUGCCAUUUAUACUACUCCAGUUUCUGCAGACAUAAAAGAAAAUAUGCUGUUCUGAUGCAUCAUGCCGACGGAGCUGGCUCUAGCACACUGAAGGCAUGGCUCUUUGUGGAAACCCCAUAGUGAAUUACCUCCUAUUCACAGUAUGGCUCUUCUUGAGAUGCAGAAUGGCCAUGCUGCAAUGACAUAUAUUUACCAGUUCCUCCUCUGAUGUUACAGCACCAUAUUCUCUGCAUCUUCAAAAGCAUCUGGCUUCAUUUUGCCAGUCCCAGAUGCUGUCAGGGAAGUGAGCAGAGCCUGGCCUUUGUGUUCUCAUCCUCAGCAUCACUCUCCUGUUACUUCUUAUCUGCUGGAUUUGUGGAGUGGCAUCUUGGGCCAGCCUGCCUGCUUUCCUGGACAAGCAGAAUUUGCUCAGAGGUCUGCAGUGUGAGUGGGGGUGGGGCAUGACAGGCAGGACUGGGAGGGGAACAGCACUGCCUAGCUGCUCCUUUGCUCUGAGCAGAGGCUGGCACAGCAGUUGUUCUGUGCUACACCAGCAGAUCAGGCAGGUGAUGAGACCCUGAGUAAUCCCUAUGCUCUGGGAAGUCCAUCUGUGUCAUGGUGAGUUAGACAGCCGCUGGAGUAACACCAGAACGCUGGGAAAGGCAUGUGUGGGGAGGGUGAGCAUGUCUACACAGCCCAUGAGUUGGACCCAGGGCCACUGACAAAUCACAGACAGCCCCACCUCUCCCUUGCUCAGCACGUCGCAAAACCUAGGAAUAAAGUAGGGAACUACCUUAGAGCAUCCCUGAGCGCACAGCACCAUGCAUGCCCAAGAUCACACCCAAAAGUUGCACUGGGGGGUGGAGGGAGACUCAUGCUUAUGGCUGUUCUUAUUCAGCUCCACCGUGCCAUUACUGUGCUGUGGCACGUGCCCAGAGGGCAAGGCACACUCCAUAGCAAUGGCCCUGGGCAGGGUUCAUAAGUGGGGGCCAGUAAUCUGUCUGCCAUCCCAGUCCUGAGCUGAGCCACACUGUUUUGUGCCUGAGGGCACCUGAUUGCAAUGAGGAUGCUGACUGUUCGGCUGUGACUUCAUAGCCCUUGGCAUUCCUCUGGGAACAUGCACCUCUUUCUUCCUGAAUACUAUUUUUAAAGGCAGCAAGUGGCUCCACUUGUGCUGCCCGAAGCAAUAGACCAAGAGACAUUUAACAGACUGUUCUCCAGUCCUGGCUGGAUUCUUUAAAUUAGUAUGCAUCUAUUUCUCUGAUCCCAUUCAUUUAGUGGCAGGCUCUUAAGCCAUUUACUAGCAGAGGAAAUGCAUAAUGAAGUGAAGGAAAGGAACAAUAUAUCUCCUCAUAAUAAUGUAUUUAGAGAUGUCACCCUUGGCUUAAAGGAAAUCGUUUAGAGAGCAAUUAUGUUUCAAAAGAGAAUCAUUCCUGUAAAAAUUGAAAUUUAAAUCAAGAUUUUAAGCUUGCAAAGCUAUAAUUACAGUGCCUGCAGUGAUUUCGACUCGACAGAGAAGGGUCAUUUCAUCAGAGAAUUGCCUCAACAAAUCUGAAAAAUACGAGCUUGCCUUUGCUUCAGCAGUUCCAUAGGAAGCAUCGCAUAUGUUAAAUGGAAAAAGGCAAUUUUUGCAAAACCCCAUCUUCCAAGCAGACUGACUUAUGUGGGGGGGAGUUUCUUUCCCUGCUAAAAAAUACAUUUGGCUUUUACUGGGUGCGAACUCUGCCCUAGUGGAAACGGAUGGAAAGAUGGUUAGAUGGCAAAGAAAGCCAUCCUAGCUGCAUUGCAAUCUGAUCCCUUUCCUCCGUCCAGUGCCUGGCCAUUGUACAUUGUUUUUUGCUUGUGUAGCUGUUCUCCUAACACCUCUGCUCUUUUUGUUUGAAAAGAUGGGGCAAAACAUAGAGGUCCAUACACAAACUUUGGAGAUCUGAGGGCAGUUCCAGCAUCGGGAAAGCCAUGGAACAUCUGUUGGCCAUCUUUCCCCCUUUAUCCCGCCUAAACUGUAAGCUGUUCAGGGCAGGUGCAUAGUGCCCAACUUCCUUUGGGAUGUCUUAGUCUACUGCAGGGGUGUCAAACUCCUCAUGACUUGCCUACGGUCAGUCUUCAGGUCUCAUCUGGAGCGCGGAGAUGCAUCAUCUGGCCUGCAGGGUUGCCUAUAGGGCUGGAAAUCUGGCAGUGGAACAGAUGGUGGCUGCUGCGGCUCUGGGAACCAUGGCAACUAAUGCUGCAACCGCACAUCCCAUUGCCAAAUUUCUGGCCAUGUGGGGAGUGCCACAGGCCAGAUGAUGCAGGCCAACUCCAGCCCAUGGGCUGGAUCUUUGACAACCUUGGUCUAUUGAAAUGCUGCCAGUGGGCCAGGUGUAGGGCCAGGUGAUCCCCUGUGCGAGAGCUACAUGAAUGGGCUGAGAGGAGCAGAGUGGAAAGAAGGAGCCUUCCCCUCACCACCACGCUGAGGACCUUCUGCAUUGUGACCAGUGCUAUUCCAGGCAGGCUGCUCCCAGCUCUCUUCUUGAGCAUGGUUCAGAAGCUCCCUUAGGUGAUAGGGCUAGGCCAAGCAUCCACAGUAUCACUGACUCACCUUGUGUAUUCAUAGCCCACCUACUGCUGCAUCCUGCCCUGCUUUGCUGCCCACAGAAUUGAGCACUGCAGCUCACCACAUUUAGCCACUUCCCUCUUCAGUUAGGCAGCAAGUUCCCUUUCUCAGGCAACAUCCUGCAUCCCAUGGGUGUGCAACCGCUCUGGCAGCUCUAAGAAGUGCUCUAGCUACAACUCGAAGGAGGGGAGGUUACAGCUUAAUGCCUCUUUGCAGCUACCCUGCAGCCAGCAAGCAUGAGUCAAGGCGCAGGACUGUAUAGCUGGGCAUCUGAACACAAAUGCAGGGAGAAGGGAACACACGAGUAAGAAGACUUCCCUUUCUGCAGAUACCCGUCUGAAUUUCCAUCCCUGCUCCCUGGUCUUGUGCUGGGUUAAGGCAGUGUUUCUCAACCUGUGGGACACAACUGAAAAGUGGGUCGCACGAAUAUAUGAAAGGGUUGUAAAGAAACUUUAAAAAUAAAUCAACAAACUUUAAAAAUGAUUUCUCCUUUAACAGAGAAAAAUGUGGGAAAUAAUGUGGCUUUUCCCUUGCUGGCUAGCAGAGCUCCAGCCUGUGAGGGGCUGUUUGCCCCAUACAUCCACCCCCUGCCUCACAUACUGGGGGUCUGGGGACAGGGGUCAGCAAGUCAGGAGUGAGGGGCACUGGGUUGGGACUGGUCACUGUUUUUUACAAAUGGGUCCUGGAACAAAAAAGGUUGAUUAUCACUGGGUUAUCACAGCCAAGUGGAGUGGGGUGAGGUCACAGCCUACCCACUCAUACAUGGCUGAAUUAGGGGCAUCUCAGUUGUCAUCCCUGCCCUGAUGAGCAAGCAUGUGGAGUGAGCAAGGUUGUCACAUUGCCUUGGCAGCAGCACCCACUUUCUUGCUGGCCUUAAAGCAAAGCAUGGGGGUGGUGGUAGCUGGUGGUGCCAUUCCCAAGGACAGCCCUGGGAGAGAGUGCUGCGCCCGUCAGGCUCUUUCUGUAGCACCUGUCACCUGACUGUCCCGAGGCAUGAGUUCCUCUCCCUCAUUCUCUUGGGGGAGUGAAAAUGUCCUUUGCCCUCAGAUCAGAGGGGCCAACCCCCUCCCCCCCCCCCCCCCUUUCUGCUGAUAGGCUCCCUUGCUAGUGCAGGCCCUGUGGACUCCCAUUAGCAAGUGGCAAAUGUGUCCUCCCUUGUUGCGCACACUGGGAUAGUGCAUCCUCCCUGAGGCAGUAGGUGGCUGGGGAUAGGGGGCACUACUACAGUAUUGUCAGGCCUCAUGAAUGGACCUGGCUCAGGGUGGGAGGUGGCCUUCCAUGUACUGGCCUCCAUGGGACCGUAUCCACUGCCCCAGGAAAGAGUUUGCUGAUUUUCCUUCACCUGUCCCCCACUACCUUUCCCCCUCACAUGCAGGGGUGGCUGAGAGGAGGUUCUCAGUCAGGUGAGAUGGGCAAGGCUGAAAAGCAUCAGGGCUUCAGACCCAGAAGCCUUACCUUGCCUGGGCUCAAGCCCUGGGCUGGGCAGGGCAGCGGUGCACUAGAGCUGCAUGGCUAUAGUGGAAGGGAGGUACUGUGGGUGGGGGUUGCCUUCUGCCCUUGUCAGUCCCUGCACAUCGAGUCCCAGAACCAGUGGUCCACCAGGACCUGUGUGAAAACAGGGUUAGGGCACCAGAGUGCCUGGGGGAGAAAUGCAAAUGCAUGGAAAUGGGCUCCUGCCUUAGGGCAUAUCUGCAUGGACUUCAUGCUGCGCUCAAGGUCAAUGCCAAAAACUACCUUUGACUCCUACAGGAAAUGCACCAUAUCCAGCAGCAUGGUUAUGAGGAUGUGCUGGGAGCACCUGGCAUUCUGCUUUCAAGCUCGCUGAAGACAGAGGUAGAGCCAGUGUAGAUGUACUUAUAGGAGCCAGCUGGAUCCACUCUGCUUUGGGUCAUAUAGGCACAACAAACCAGGCAUCCUUGUCUACUUAGACUAACCUGUUUGUAUUUGGGAAGAAUAGAGCUUCUGCCUUGCUUUGAGCUAUUAGCUUAAGACAAAAGCUUAGUCCAGACAGCCCAUGCUUCUAGGCUGCCUUUUCAUCCUACCUAGCAACAUAGGGGAAGCCCAUUUGGAUUGUGACUGCUUCGCAACAUCCAGGCAUGCUUCUGGGCACUAACACUGUCUUUUUUUUUUC